CCUGACCUCAUCUUUUCCGAAGUGAACAAGAUAUGAGUUAUCCAUUUUACAGAUGAGGAAACUAAGAACUUAGACUAAGUAAUUUAUCCAGAUCCCAAAGCAAGUAAGAAGUGGUGCUAGACCUGGAGCCAAGAUCUUCUGAUUCGUUUUCAGGAUUUUCAGCUCAGUGUAAAGCUGUUGGAGCGAGGAGCGAAGGUAAAGAAUGAUGUAAUGCACUGGCCGCCCCAGAGCAUCUUUUGUUGUGGAUGGUUAUUCCAGUCAUCUCUUUAUGAAUCAAAUGUGAGGGGCUGCUUUGUGGAGAGUGCUUUGCAAGAGCACAUCAACGGGGAAAGAGAAAGGGACAUUCACUUGGAGGGCUCUUGCUGAAAAUGGGUUUAACUCUCCUUUUGCCAGUCACCACCAGCCUGACCUCAUACAUUUGUAGGACAAUGGAGUGGCUGAGCCUUUGAGCACACCACCAUUACAUCAUCGUGGCAAAUUAAAGAAGGAGGUGGGAAAAGAAGACUUAUUGUUGUCAUGGCCCAUGAGAUGACUGGAACUCAAAUUGUUACUGAGAGGUUGGUGGCUCUGCUGGAAAGUGGAACAGAGAAAGUGCUGCUAAUUGAUAGCCGGCCAUUUGUGGAGUACAAUACAUCCCACAUUUUGGAAGCCAUUAAUAUCAACUGCUCCAAGCUUAUGAAGCGAAGGUUGCAACAGGACAAAGUGUUAAUUACAGAGCUCAUCCAGCAUUCAGCAAAACAGAAGGUGGAUAUCGACUGCGGUCAGAGGGUUGUAGUUUACGACCAGAGCUCCCAAGAUGUUGCCUCUCUGUCUUCAGACUGCUUUCUCACUGUACUUCUGGGUAAACUGGAGAAGAGCUUCAGCUCCGUUCACCUGCUUGCUGGUGGGUUUGCGGAGUUCUCCCGUUGUUUCCCUGGCCUCUGUGAAGGAAAAUCUGCUCUAGUCCCUACCUGCAUUUCUCAGCCUUGCCUACCUGUUGCCAACAUUGGGCCAACCCGAAUUCUUCCCAAUCUUUAUCUCGGCUGCCAGCGAGAUGUCCUCAACAAGGAGCUGAUGCAACAGAAUGGGAUUAGUUACGUGUUAAAUGCCAGCAAUACCUGUCCUAAGCCCGACUUUAUCCCUGAGUCUCAUUUCCUGCGAGUGCCUGUGAAUGAUAGCUUUUGUGAGAAAAUUUUGCCGUGGUUGGACAAAUCAGUAGAUUUCAUUGAGAAAGCCAAGGCCUCCAAUGGGCGCGUCCUGGUACACUGCUUAGCCGGCAUCUCCCGCUCGGCCACCAUCGCCAUCGCCUACAUCAUGAAGAGGAUGGACAUGUCCUUAGAUGAAGCUUACAGAUUUGUGAAAGAAAAAAGACCUACUAUAUCUCCAAACUUCAAUUUUCUGGGCCAGCUCCUAGACUAUGAGAAGAAGAUCAAGAACCAGAUGGGUGCAUCAGGGCCGAAGAGCAAACUCAAGCUGCUGCACCUGGAGAAGCCCCAUGAAGCCGUCCCUGCGGGCUCCGAGGGUGCACAGAAGCACGAGCUGGGCCUCAGCCCACCCUGUGCUAACUGCGCUCCCUCCGAGGCGGCGGGGCAGCGGCCCGCACAUCCCGCCGGAGCACCCGGCCUGCAGCCCUCGCUGCUGGAGGACGGCCCCCUGGUGCAGGCGCUCGGCAGCCUCCACCUGCCGUCAGGCAAGCGAGAGGACAGCAGUAAGCUCAAGCGCUCCUUCUCUCUGGACAUCAAAUCCCUUUCGUACUCGGCCAGUGUGGCGGCGUCCUUGCACGGUUUCCCGUCCUCAGAAGAGGCUCUGGAAUACUACAAGCCUUCCGCGAGUCUGGAGGGGGCCACCAAGCUCUGCCAGUUCUCUCCGGUGGAGGAAGUGUCGGAGCAGACCCCCGAGAGCAGCCCGGACAAGGAGGAAGCCAGACUCCCCGAGAAGCCUCAGCCGGCCAGGCCCCCUGAGGGCCCGGGGAAGCGGCUGCACACGGGAAGAACCAGCGCCGGGGGCGCCGCCCCGCGGCCCCUCUUCUCCCCGCUGCAGCGGAGCGGGAGCAUGGAGGACAACCGCCCCGCCAGCUUCCUCUUCGGCCUGUCCGCCAGCCAGCAGCACCUCGCCAAGUCCGCCGCCGGCCUGGGCCUCAAGGGCUGGCACUCGGACAUCUUGGCUCCCCACACCUCUGCCCCUUCCCUGACCGGCAGCUGGUAUUUCGGCCCGGAGCCCCCUCGCUUCUGCUCGGCCUCAGCCGUCUACGGGGGCGGCGGCGGCUACUCGGCCUACAGCUGCAGCCAGCUGCCCACCUGCGGCGACCCGCUCUACUCCGUGCGCCGGCGGCAGAAGCCCAGCGACAGGGCCGACUCCCGGCGGAGCUGGCACGAGGAGAGCCCGUUCGAAAAGCAGCUGAAGCGCAGAAGCUGCCAGAUGGAAUUCGGCGAGAGCAUCAUGUCGGAGAACAGGUCGCGGGAAGAACUGGGCAAAGUGGGCAGCCAGUCCAGCUUUUCGGGCAGCAUGGAAAUCAUUGAGGUCUCCUGAGAAGGAAGACCCUGCGGGCUUCUAUGGAUAGUACUUUCUUGUUCACAAAAAUAUUCCCUGUAAAUCUGAAAUAUAUAUAUGUACAUACAUAUAUAUUUUUGGAAAAUGGAGCUAUGGUGUAAAAGCAAAUGAUGGAUCAACACAGCUGCUCUCUCAGCGUCUGCACUUGAGAGCAGCUGCUCUUUCUCAACAAGAGUGGAUGGGCAGAUGCUAGAUGUCCUCCCCGCCAGAUGAGAAAUUGUAUGCAGCGCAUUGCACAUCCUCUUGUUCCUACUGAGUCCAGUUUGGGUGGUGGAGGAUGACAUGCCCUCCCAUGUUCGUGUUGUGCUAUAAGAGCUCUCGAGUGCUAGCCCCUGUCCGGCCCCCUCCGUAGUGCACCUUAGCGCUGAGACUGAGCCAGCUCGUGGGUUGGGCGGGUAGACCCCAUCAGGGACAGAACCUCACCGUAAACGCAAGAGAAGUGAGCCCAUCCAAAGUGGACUCGCACACCCAAGCUCACGUGGCAGCCGAGUGCCGCGAGCCUCAUUCUGCUGCACACACCAUUAGGGGCCUUGCCAAGGUCGACUUCAGAGCAAACCCAGUACCUCAGACUGAAAGUUGGGGCUUUUACCACUACCGAGUCCGGUAGCCUGUCUUCUAGGCGUUGUGAAUAGGUAGGUAGCUAGUCACACUUUGCAGGCCAAUUCAGACUGUCUCUGCACAAAUUUCCAGUUGGGCCUGGAUGGUGGUAGUUAAUUUUUUCUUCUCGGCUUGACGAAGAGAAGGGGAACCGUCUAGGAUUCAAUUGAACAGCCAGGGACCUGGCCUUGUAAUGAUUUAAGGUAGGUCGGGAGGCUACACAAGUCUUCCUCCCUCCAUGUGAAUCAAAGAAUUGUUCCAAAUGGGGUUGUUAAUCCUUUAAAUAAAGAUGAACUUGGUUGAAGCCAGAUGUGAACUUAUUUGGGUUGGUAGAACAGCAGCACCUUCAAGUUCUCAGCCAAAGUAGAUUUUUUUCCAUUUCGAUUUCUUUGCACAGAUAGGUUUUUUACAAAAAACCUAACAGGUAGACUUUUACAGGAAACUAUCACGAGGGAGAAAAGCUCUGGAAAGAUUAAAGAAUUAAAAUUGCUAAGGAGAGCCAGGAAACUCAUUUUUCUCAAUGGUUUUGUUCCCCUGAGACUGUGUUGAAGGACGUAGUUCUGUAAUUUCCUCACACUUUCCAAUUUACUAAUAGGGCUGAGAGGCUAGUUCAAUGAGGAGGGUUCUGAAUAAAACAGUAUAGGAAGGUGAGGGGAAGGUGGCUGGCUUUUGUGAGUGGAGUGGGAAGCCACAGCCAAGCUAUUCUCAGAAA